GCCCACACCCACCUUGGCUUUGAACAGCGAGACCUUGGGGGCCUAGUAACCCUUCAGCUCAGGGUUCUGAAUUAGACCCAGGCUUGGAGGCUUUAGCUACAGCAGGCUUUGGGGGAAGGAGGGAAGGAUUUGUGCUAGGCAUUUCGCAAGCGCUCUCCGGAUUGUGUCACAAGGGGGCUCCAGGGCUCCACCCACAGCUCCUUAUAAAGGUCACUCUACCCUCCAGCCACCAGUUCCGCCUGACUGCAUGGGCCCUCCAUCUAGGCAUGGCGCUGUCCUGGGUCCUUGCUGCCCUGAGCCUCCUUCCUCUGCUGGACGCCCAGAGCCCAGUGUGUGCCAACCUCACAGCGAUGCCCAUCACCAACGCCACCCUGGAGCAGAUCUCUGGCAAGUGGUUUUAUAUCGCCUCGGCCUUCCGCAAACCGGACUUCAACCAGUCGUCUAGAAUGAUCCAUUCGGCCUUCUUUUACUUUGCUGUCAACCAUAGAGAUGACACAAUACUGCUCACGGAGUACCUAACCAUUGGGGACCGGUGCAUCUAUAACUCCAGCAGCUAUCUGAAGGUCCAGCGGAAGAAUGGGACCUUGUCCAAAAUCGAGUCUGGCACAGAGGUAUUUGCCCAUCUCCUGCUCACCAAGGAUCCCAAGAUCUUCAUGCUUGCCUUCUCCCUGAAAGACGAGCAGAACAAGGGUCUGUCCUUCUACGCUGACAAGCCGGAAGUGACCGAGGAGCAAAUGAGAGUUUUCCACGAAGCCAUCAGGUGCAUAGGCAUGCAGAAGUCGGAGAUCAGUUACACCGAUGCAAAAAAGGAUCUGUGUGGGCCACUGGAGAAGGAGCACAAGGAAGAAAGGCUGAAGGAAAGGGAGGGAGACACAGCACUGGGUUAGGACCUUGGGGACCUUGGGGCCCAUCGUCAGCCCUACGCCCACCCUUUGGACAUCAGGUUUUUGUCUCAGGGCCAUCAAUAAAGCUUCUGCAUUUGAAACAGG